AUGGAAUCGGAGACGGUGGUUAUGUAUCCUUCGCCGGAGAUGGGCCACCUGGUUUCCAUGGUGGAGUUUGGGAAACUAAUCCACACCCACCAUCCCUCCCUUUCUAUUGUCAUCCUCAUUACUCUUGCACCAUCUAAGACCGGUUCUACUUCCACCGGAAAAUACAUCAACACCAUCUCCGGCACCAUCCCUUCCAUCACCUUCCACCACCUCCCCACCAUCGCUCUUCCACCAGAGUUAUCUUCUCAUGAAUUUGUGGACCUUUCUUUUGAGAUCCCACAGCUUUACAACCCAAUCGUCCAUGAUACACUAGUAGCCAUCUCCGAUGAAUCAACCAUCAAAGGUGUAAUCCUUGAUUUCUUUACAAAUGCUGCUUUUCAAGUAUCGAAAACCCUCGAUUUCCCCACUUAUUACUUCUUCACCAGUGGCGCUUCCGGCCUCUGUUCCCUCCUAUAUAUCCCCAUCAUCCAUACCACAACUUCCGGCGACAUUAAUGAUCUGAAUUUUUACUUCGAUAUUCCUGGACUUCCUCCCAUGCAUGCUUCCGACAUGCCCACACUUUUGUUCGACAGAGAAAGCAUCUCGUACAAAAACUUCAUAAACACCACCGGUAACAUGGCUAAAUCUUCCGGCAUCAUUGUAAAUAGCUUUGUUGGGUUCGAAGAAAGCGCUGUUGAGACGCUCCGGGAUGGUAAAUGCAUCCCGGACCGCCCAACUCCGCCUAUUUAUCUAAUCGGACCUUUGAUUGCCGGUGGCAAUCUAGUGGAUUCUAGCGAAAAUGAAUGCUUAAAAUGGUUGAAUUCACAACCAAGUAAAAGUGUAGUGUUUUUAUGCUUUGGGAGUAGGGGUGUUUUCAAGAAAGAACAGUUGAAGGAAAUAGCAAUUGGGUUAGAGAAAAGUGGUCAAAGGUUCUUGUGGGUGGUACGCGAUCCGCCACCGGGUCAUGAAAACGAAUCGAGUUCGGGUUCUAAAGAGUUCGAUCUUGAAGAGUUUGUAGCCAGGACUGUUGAUAAAGGGAUGGUGAUGAAAAACUGGGCACCGCAGCCGGCGAUUCUUGGUCAUGACUCGGUGGGUGGGUUUGUGAGUCACUGUGGGUGGAACUCGGUGCUCGAAGCCGUGGUUGCUGGUGUGCCAAUGGUGGCGUGGCCAUUGUAUGCGGAGCAGAAGAUCAAUAAGGUGUUGUUGGUUGAAAGAAUGAAGGUGGCAGUGGCGUUGAGAAUGUCGUCGGAAGGGUUUGUGACGGCGGAGGCGGUGGAGGAGAAGGUGACGGAGUUGAUGAAGGGCGAGGAAGGGAGAGUGGUAAGGGAACGAAUUUUGGAGAUGAGUCGACGGGCAAAGGCGGCGGUGGUGGAUGGUGGCUCCUCUCAAGUUGACCUCCGUAAGUUAACCCAGUCAUGGAACGCCACGUAA